AUGACCAAGCGCACUAAGAAGGUCGGCAUCACCGGAAAGUACGGUACCCGUUACGGUGCCUCGCUCCGUAAGCAGGUCAAGAAGAUGGAAGUCACACAGCACGCUCGCUACGUGUGCCAGUUUUGCGGCAAGAACGCUGUCAAGCGCCAGGCCGUUGGUAUCUGGAACUGCCGCUCCUGCCGCAAGACCACCGCCGGUGGUGCUUACACUGUCGCUACCCCUGCCGCUGCCGCCACAAGGUCGACCAUCCGUCGUCUCCGCGAGAUCGCUGAGGUUUAA